AUGUUCAGAUGCUACACAAAUGAAAAACCAAUUACAGCUGACGAUAAUUUUCAAAAGGCCCUAUAUCGCCAAAUUGGCAAUCUUAUCUCUACUCCUGUCAUCGUUAAGACAGAAGCUAAUAGUAUCAAGGACGCUAUCCGCGGCAAAGAUGCUAGAGGAAUAAUAAAACAUGUUAGGGGUUGCUCAGAAAAGGUAAAAUCUUUCGAAAAAUCGAAAAGGUUCCUGAAGGCAACUAAAGGUACGAGACAGAAUGAUCAAAAUAGGGAUCUUACUGCAAAUGAAGUUUUCACCAAUAUUACCAGACUGCAAAGUCUUUUAAAGAUGAAGACAUACUAA